UAGGGCGCAAUCGCUUGGAUUUCGGGGCUGGACAGGAAACGGAGACGCCAGGCAGGAACGCGCAUCGGUCCGCAGCUCGGAACGGGAAUGGAAGCGGGAGAGAAACGGGAGGCUCGCUCGUCUCAUCAUCAUCAAAUAUAAGCGAUCGGCACGGGCAGCGAAAACCCGAUCUAGGAGGAAGAGGAGCUGGGAUUCUGUCGCUGGAUUUGCGCAACACAUCACUGGCUUUUUUUCCCAUUGUUACCGUUUCCUCCGGACAAGACAGAAGCCGCAGAACCGUCGGCUGGUUUGCGACAAUUGUCAGAUUGAUUGAGGAACUUUUCCAUUCAGAAAUCAGCUUGGCACUGCCACAGAACCAAAGUCCUGCACUUUUCCUGUUUCAGAUGGAGCAGUUUUCAGAUGAUGAGCUGGAUCACGCUGCAGAGGAGGACAGUGAUAAAGAGGACCAGGACCUGGACAAAAUGUUUGGAGCAUGGCUGGGAGAGCUGGACAAACUGACGAAGAGUCUAGAUGAUGGGAGACCAGAGAAGGUGAAGAAAGCACCGCUCAGACAAGAGUCAAACAUGGCCAACAUGGCCUAUCGCUUCUCCGUUUAUAACAUCAACGAGGCUCUGAACCAGGGUGACGCAGUGGAUCUGGAUGCUCUGAUGGCAGACCUCUGCUCCAUCGAGCAGGAGCUCAGCACCAUCAGUAAGCCUAGCAGCGCUUCCUCUCACCUUGGCCUGACUGGGGACGCCAAAGUCCGUCAGAAGCCCCCAGCCGGACGCAGUCACAGCACCAAGCACACGGGCAGCAGCAGUGGUGGGGCGAGUAGCAGUGGCGGCAGCACUAGCAGUAGUACCCGUGCCUCACCCGCGUCUACCAUCAGGGUGGGCAGCUCCAACAGCAGACCUCCACUGGCAUCCAACUUCUCUAUGGAUGACAUCACAGCCCAGCUGGAAAAAGCCUCCCAAAGCAUGGACGAAGCUGCCAGGCAGAGCUCCACAUCCUUCAGCUCUGCUAUCUCAGCACCGUACUCUUCCUCCACCAUGCGGCGGCCAACCUCCCAUCAUCAUCAUCACAGGACAGGGUCGGUGGGUACGGUCACCGAGCAUGAAGUGCGGUCCUUUGUCCAUUCCUCUCGCUCUAGCAUUAACUCGGCCUCUGCAUCCAGCAUGGAUUCGCUGGACAUCGAAAAACCCAAGUCUGAUACGGAUGGGUUACAGGACGGACAGGACCAGCCGAGUUCAGAGCACUCGUAUCUGGACAGGGAGACUUCUCUCAUUCUGAAAAGCAUUGCAGGAAAGCCCUCUCAUUUGCUGACCAAGGAGGAACAAGCUGCCAAACAAAAAGCUGAGAAGAUCCGAGUAGCUCUGGAGAAGAUAAAGGAAGCACAGGUUAAAAAAUUGGUAAUCCGAGUGCACCUAUCAGAUGAAAGCUCAAAGACUGUGAUGGUGGAUGAGAGACAGACGGUGCGUCAAGUGCUGGACAGCCUGCUGGACAAAUCCCACUGCGGUUAUAGCCUGGACUGGUCUCUGGUGGAAAUCAUCUCUGAACUCCAGAUGGAGAGAAUCUUUGAGGACCAUGAGAACCUGGUUGAGAACUUGCUUAACUGGACCAGGGACAGCACCAACAGACUGAUGUUCAUCGAACGCAUUGAGAAAUAUGCACUUUUCAAGAACCCUCAGAACUAUUUGCUGGGGCGUAAGGAGACGUGUGAGAUGGCAGACAGAAAUAAAGAGGCUCUGCUGGAGGAGUGUUUCUGUGGAAGCUCUAUCAGUGUGCCUGAGAUGGAAGGGGUGCUCUGGCUCAAAGACGAUGGCAAGAAAUCCUGGAAGAAGCGCUACUUCCUGUUACGAGCCUCUGGUAUAUAUUAUGUGCCAAAGGGUAAAGCCAAGGCCUCCAGAGACCUGGUUUGCUUCCUGCAGCUGGAUCAUGUUAAUGUGUACUUGGGUCAGGACUACCGCAGCAAAUACAAAGCCCCAACUGACUACUGCAUGGUCCUGAAGCACCCUCAGAUUCAGAAGAAAUCACAGUACAUCAAGUACCUGUGCUGUGAUGAUGUCAGAACGCUGCAUCAGUGGGUCAAUGGAAUACGCAUUGCCAAGUAUGGGAAGCUGCUGUAUUUGAACUACCAGGAAGCUAUGAGACGCACAGAGGCUGCUCAUGACUGGUCCUCCCUGUCCAGCUCCAGUAUCAAGUCUGGUUCCAGCUCCUCCAGUCUACCAGAAUCUCAGUCCAACCACUCAAGCCAGUCAGACAGUGGCGUGUCAGAGACUACAUCCUCUGGUCAUGUGCGCUCUCAGAGUGUGGUCAGCUCCAUCUUCUCUGAGGCUUGGAAGAGAGGCAGUCAGGCAGAUGAACCCAAGAUGAGAAUGGAUGGCCCACCAGCACAGCCUACUCGAGCCUCUUACCCUCUACAACUUCCCCAACUGCCCCAACUGCCCCAGCCUCUCCAGUCUCGUAGCAGCUACAGUGGUGUGUCCCCAGUGUCCCCCUCCUCGCCACCAUCUCCACCACCGCCUCCUCCACCACCUCCCCCUCUCCCCAACCCCACGCAUCACUCCACCCCAGUUAUGUUUACUAAAUACAGCACCCUCGCUAGGUUGCAAAACAUCUCCCAUUACAAACAGACCCCCUUAUUGGCAGCACAGCAGCUAACUAUGCCCCCUACACCACCCCCACAGUGUCUCAAACCUGUAAUGAAUAAUAUGGCAGAUACUGCCAACAGUCCCCCUCCGCCCACACUACCACCACCUCCUCCAGAUAUGCCAGUGCCAGGGUCAGCCAUGGCGGUGUUGAAGCAUGCUCCCCUCAGCCCCCAAUAUGCUCCCCCUUCACUUCCAGAUGAAGACCAGCUGCCACCCCCACCUCACCUACACAGUAAUGGCUACUUGCCUCCACCACCACCCCAAGAACAGUUAAAAUACCCACCUCCGCUCAGCCCCAGUGGGCUCCAGCAGUUUUUAGCUCAGAAGUUCCCUAAUAUGACCUAUGACUUCUCACCUGCCCAACAAGAUGAAGAGCCUCCACCACCUCCUCCGGUGUGUUUCUCUCCCCCGCCUCUGCAGUCAGCUCCACCUGCCCCACCUAAAACAUUCACUGGUGGGUUUCUGCCCCAAACAGCUCCAAAACCUACCCACGGCCUUUCCCCCGUUUCCCCUGUGCCACCUUCUUUGUCUCCAACCCCUCCGGCCACCAUGAAGAAACAGCAAAGCCUCUCCAGUGGUCACAGCCCCAAUCAGCCUCCACCUACCCUUCCCAAGCAAUAUAGCCUUUCUUCCAAAGCUCCAUCUGUAUCUGCCCCCAUCUCUCCCACCCAAUCGCUUGUAAAACAGAUUGUCAAUCAGUUCCCUGACACCACUGAUGGAUUCAAAGGUCCCAUAUCUCUUCCCCUCGUAAAAACCAAACCAAAAUGGCAGCCAGGAGGACAGGCUCAACCACAAUCUCCUGAAUUUCCUCCACCUCCACCAGAGAGUACCCUUGAAUUCCCUCCUCCUCCUGCCCCAAGUCCCCCUCCUGCCCCACAACCUUCUGGCAAGAUGGGAUCACCAAUCAAAAAGUCCCCAUCAACGUCGUCAAAUUCUUCUACUGGUUCAGGAGGGAAGAAGCCCCCUCCAACCCCACAGCGCAACUCCAGCAUAAAGUCCACCUCUUCUGUUGAGUACCAGGAGUCCAAGAAAGUGGAGGAUCUGGUCAGCAUCUUUGCCCAAACCAGUCAAGGCCCACCCAGCUCCUACUCAACUCCAUCCUCUACGACAGGAUCACCUUCCAAGGACUCUUCUUCAGGACCACGUGCACCACCAAAACCAGGCAAAAUCAACUUGGCUAAUCUGCCUCUGGCUCUCCAUGGGAAGCAAGGUCAAUAUCACCAAUCCAGCUCAGACUUCCCCUCUCCUCCUGCCGAAUGUGACUUUCCCCCUCCACCACCAGACUCAGAACUCCUGCCUCCUCCACCUCUACCAUCAGAACUACACACUGGAGCUCCUAAAGUGGCUGUGGUGAACCCUCAACCCCAACACACAUCCAGCUCCACAUCCUCAUGGAAGCAAAGCUCCUUGAAGAAAGUGCCCCAUCCGACUAUGCACCGCCACAGCAGUGGCCCACCUGAGCCGCUUGCCCUUUCUCCACCUCCUCAACAAAUGCCUCUGUCCUCUUUUAACUCUCAGAUCCCACCAACUUCCCCCAAGGCCAGCCUGUCUAUCCAGCCCAAUUUCUUGGAAGACCUCAACAGAACUCUCAAAAGGAAGUCCAUGACUCGACAUGGCUCCCUCACAUCCUCAAGAAUCUCAGCCAAGCUGGAGCCAGUAACCACCAUGGACGAUAUGGUCCUUCCGCCCCCUCCUCCAGAGCUGCUGCCGGGUCAGCAGAAAAAGGGCGCAUACAUGAGUGCCAACAUCUCAGGCUAUGCAACAUUACGGCGGGGUCCUCCGCCGGCUCCACCCAAACGGGACCAAAACACUAAACUGACAAGCGAUUGGUAGUUGGGACAUGUGCCGAGUAUGGAUAUGCUAUUCUCCUUUUCCACUCCGUUUAUCUUCAACAGCUGAAACAUCUGCGGUAAAAUAAUACUCAUAUUAACUCCAGAUUAUAACCACAAUAUGAAAAAGCCCAACCAUCUAUACAUAAGCUUCUCUGCGUGUUUGUGCCGCUUUGCUAUUAAGUGUAGCAGAUAUACAAAAA